UAUAUAUAAAUAGACUGACGAGAUCCACAGCGUGUUAUCGAUUUAAAAUUCUCACGCAAGGUUUAAACCUCACGACGAAUACAUAAACUGUGUAAAUGCCUGUAGCGAAACUAUAUCGCAAGCGCAUAUAUAUAUGUCCUAGUUUUGAUUUGCUACCGUGCUUCAAGCCAACAUACGAAAUACUGGAAACCCAACUUUGGGAAAUGACCCACAUACAAGGUGAUGCUGUCAUUAUUGUGAACAUUGGUCGAGAAGGAAGUGCGACAGGGUCUUUUCCUUAUCGUGAAGGGGCAAAGAAAGAAAAAGAUAACCUUAAGAAAGUAUUUGUUGAGCGUUUUAAGUUUAAACAUCUGAAUCAAGAUAUUCUUAACGAUGAUCUUUCAUUGAAAGAAUGGCAUUGCGGUUUCAGCAUAGGCCAGCAAGGCAAUACAACGAAUUGCAAAAAAUGCAUCAUUUGUCUAAUCGCGGCUGAAGCUGACCCACAGUCUAAAUAUUUCGUUCUUGCUAUAACCUCUCAUGGUUUCACGAGUGACGGUGAGCAGUUUAUAUUGAUGCGCGACGGGGAGACAUUUCUGGCAUUAAAAGACGUCAUCGCCACUCUAAAGUCCUGUCAGAACCUAGCUGAAAAGACUGUCAUUAUAAGUAUAGAAGCUUGCAGGGCUGCCAGGAACGCAAAAGACGCUGUUGAUCCAGGACUGCAGUUAGUUGUUAAGAAAGGAAAAACUCCCACUCAAUUAGGACAUCAAGCGUCCACCAAUGUAUCAGUUGUACCAACGGGACCAGAGAAAUCAACCGACCACAUUGCCUUUCUUCUGGACCUUCCAGAAAACUUCGUUGUCAUCAAUGGAACAACUGCCAACAGACUAUCCUACCGUGACGUUGAGUGUGGUUCCUGGUUUGAAGACGCCCUUCAAGAUGAAAUAGAGAAACUAGUGAAGGCCAAGGAAACAGAGACCAUGGAAGUCAAUUUCUUAAAACUCCUUACAACGACAGCGUGGAAUGUUUCACAGCGAGAAGCGGGGUCAGUUACAGGCGACAUGUCCAGAUUGCGAAUAACUCAACCAUCUGAUUCUUUUCUCGUAACACAAGGCCAACCAGAAAUAUCUGCCUCUGUCAAUGUUGUCGCCGACCGUUGUGCCACUCCAGGUUCAAAAUGCUGCAUACAGAUUGUACAUCGCCUCACGAAGCCAAUCAAGCUUAGAUUGUAGAUUAAAUAUGUUGUUAGAUGUGCCGCACACAUAUUUUUGAAUACUGAAUUAUUCUAUAUUCACUCAUAGCACAAUCAAAAAUUGUGUUCACCAAAGGUAAUAGUCCCCUACCGGUUUCACCGGAGGGGACUUAUGGUUUGCGUUCUGUGUGUCCGUCAGUCCGUGUGUCCGUAAGUACGUGUGUCCGUAAGUCCGUGAGUCUGUCACACUUUUCUGGACCCUGCGAUAACUUUUAAAGUUCUUAAUAUGUUUUCAUGAAACUUGUUAUAUAAAUAUAUGGCAAUAUGGACACUAUGCACGUCAUUUCAUUUUGUUCCUACGUCAAAAAUUCUGGUUGCUGUGGCAACAAAUAUAUAUAUAUAUAAAUCUGGCAAUGGUGGAGCCGGUAGGGGACAUAUAUUGCUUGGCAAUAGUCUUGUUUUGUUUGAUUUAUUAUUUAUUAGGGAUUGAAAUCACCGAAAGCUUACAACAUUUACUUUUGAAAAGGAUAUUGUAAAUAUACACUUUAAUUUCUUGUCAUAGAGUAUGAUGUUGAAUUACAAAACGAUUCUUGUUAAACUGAUAUUAUAAAUUUUAAUUAAUUGUAUCAAAACUGUCUUGUUGAAUGUUAGCACCAGAUUUUUCUUUUAAUAUAAGUUGCAAUUAUGAGUUUGAUUUGUUUGAUAGGACAUGAUAUACAAUACCGUUAAAUUUAUGAAUGGAGUUUCGAUUCACUAAUUUUCGCGGAGGUCUGCCUUCUGCGCUUUAAUGCGCUCCCGCCAUUGCGCGACUGUAUGACCAUCGCGAAUAUUUAUCGACUUUACGAUUAGUUAGAUGGUUCAUCCCUAUAAAGGAGUUCACCGUUCUCAAUAUUUCCUAUAGUUGAAUGUUUGAGUUAAUAAGAAAGUGUAGCAUUUGUAUCGUAUUCAAACUUUGUAAUUUUGUUUUUAUAGUUGAAAUAAAAAUAUCCAAAUGAGUAUACGAACACCAAUUUUGCUAGUGCUUCACAUUUUAAAAUACGUUAACAACUGAUAUGUUAACAUUUUGGCUACAUUUAUUCGUAAUAUUUCUCUUUGUUCUGCCUUAAACCAGAAAGAUUGCUUACAUUUACAACCGCACGUUCUUAACGUGGAAUGGGCGUUUUUUAAUAGGUUGUAGUUCCGAGAACCAACCUUUACGUCUGUAAACAUAUUUGUAUUUAUGGCUACAAAUGAUUUUAAAAAUUAAUAUUAUGAUACAUUGAGCGAAGACUUCGCGCGCACCAUUUUGGAUUUUAAUUUUAAGACGGAAUUCAAUAAACAAAAAAUUAUCAGUCUGACAUGAUGUGAUAAACAUAUCUGGGUUACGUUUAAUGGAUUAUUCAUAUUAAAACUGGUCCACUUGUGAAAACUAGGUCAUAACUACACAUUCGUUUAAGAAACUAUGACGCAUUGUGUCUGUCAUGCAGGCAUGAUAUUUUGUAUUUUUACCAUGACUGUGCCUGAAGCUUACACAAACCCGUUGUUGAUGUCUUGUAAUUUGAUGCAAUAGUGUUGUAUACACGCAUUAACGUUAUAACUGUGUGCUUUGUGAUGGUAGUUUUUUCACUUUACACUUUUACCGUAAAUACCGUACAUGGUCAUGCUUUAGUUCGUGAUUUUAUAUGAUAAAUCACAAUCUCAUGAAUAUUACAUAUGCAAUUAAAAUUUAAAUGUAUAUUCCUUGAGAAUAUGUGAAUAUUGCAUAUUUUGUUUUAUAGGCUGUGUACAGAUGUUAUCAUUGUGUGGCAAAUAUUGUUAUCUUUGAUAUUUUAACCGAUAUGUAUUUCUAUUCAAUUAUUAUGCUAUCAUGUUGUUAAAAACUAUGAGAUGUAUCACGUUAAAUAAAAAAAUAAAAAUUGA